AUGAUUUUUGAAAUCUAUUUUUGAAUUUUGACAAAGGCGACUCGUCUGAAAAAUACAAAUGCUCCAGCAUAAAUGCACACAAAUGUUGCUAAACUUUAGGGUAUAUUUUAAUUUAAUAAAAAAUAUUAGCUUUCUAUGUUUCAUGAGCACAUCUCUAUCUAUCUACAACUAAAAAAUUCCUACGGUCAACAUCUACCCGGCAGGACGAUAGGCCGUGCGACCCGUGUCUAUCUGGCAGGACGAGUACGCUAUGCGAUCCUACCUAUCCCUCUCAUUUCCCUUCCAAAAAAAUAUCCAAAAAUAUCCUCAAUCAGCACCACAUGCAAAGGGAAAUCAACGCCAUGAUUAGUGCCCGCCACGAUCAGCGCCAUCAUCCCUCCGCAGUCCGCACAGCGUCCUCAUCAGAUCAUGGAGAUCAUGGCACCCAAAAAACUCACGCCCGGCCCGCACUGUAGUCGAUAACCACCAUAGCGCUCCCUCCCUGCUUGAACACAGCAACCGCGCGGCAUAGCGCUCCCUCCAAUCAGGAACCAUAGCGCUCCCUCCCUGCUUGAACACAGCAACCGCACGGCGAUCCGGCGGCCGGCGCUGCCUUGUUCGACGUCGCUGUCGUCCUCGAGCCAGCCUCCACGACCACCAUGCAGAAUUGGGAAGCCGCUACGGCGUCCGUGGUCUAGGCCGCUAACCAUCCGCGGCCACGAAACCCUACUGAUCCGUCGCAGUCGUCCUCGAUCUGCCCUUGGCCACGACCACCACGCGGAAGCGAGGAUGCCGCUCCGACGUCCCUGCUCUACGGCACGCGUUCUGCAUCUUGCUGUUUAAAUCCGUGUGGACGGGAUCACCAUCUUUCCUGGAAGGGAGAGUGUAUCAGAUCCAUCCACGAGAGACCAGGAAUCAUCAGCAACAAGCUUCCUCGAAGCUAAGUGUGACAAAGAUCGACUCAAUAACAAGUGGUUGUAUUCCAUACCACACCAAUCUUCCAUGGACCAGUUGGAUAAUAAUGGUGGUCGUAGUCCAUUCAAAAAGUUAACAAACACUAUAAGUGGAGGUGAUACAUCCAAUGCACAAGCAAAAGUUGACGAAGCUAGGCAACGUAAAAGGGAGAGGGAAAAAGCACGAUGGGCUGCAAUGACUCCAGAAGAGAGGGAUGAAAAAAAUAAAAAACGUCGUCAAGCAUAUCACCUUAAAAAAGCAAAAACUACAUUCGCCGGUGGAUCGAGAGACAAGGUUGAGUCAGACAAAGAAAACAUGGCAGACGAAGAAAAUAGUGAUUGGCUGCAUAGAAAUGAUUCAUCUCGACCAAUGCAAUGGAAUAAACACGCCCUAGAUAAUAACAAUGGAAUUGACUUGACUACUUCACCACAUGAUGCUAAUCUAGGUACAUUUUUAUUUUGCAAAUUAAUUAAUAAUGAUGUGUACGAGUAUACUUGA